UUUGUUUACCCUCCACUGCGAUCUUCUCAUUCAUCAGAAAUUAGGUUUCCCAUCCCCCUCCCUCCUAAAUAUCGGAAAUAAGCAGUCGGAUUUCAGCAGAGCCGCUGUCGGAUUUGCACUUCUGUGCGAAAGUUUGCGAAAUGAAUCUAACUGCAAGUUUUGUUUAUCUUAGUUUCAUAAGAUCAAAGCAACUUGUCCAAAGGUAUAAGUAUUAACUUAAUUGCUUUCAAAUUUGUUACUCUAUAACAUCACCAGAGUUUGGUUGACUUUCCAAAGAUUUUUUUCGAAAGAAUAUGAAUAGCGCAGCUGUCAUUGGCAGACAAAUUCGCCAACAAAAUACAGGAAGAGCCCCUCCUGCUGGAAAAGGCCGACAAAGAGCGCUUUCUCAUCAACCUUUGACGUCUUCUCAACUACAGCAGUUGCAAGCAAAGAAGGAAGAGGAAAAGAAGAAAGUAGGAACUAUCGAAAGCAUCCGUAGCAAGGUAACCGUCCAAUGUCUAUGGCUUACGUGUAAAGCUUUGAGCGGUGGUAUGAUCCUUCUAGUAAUUGGCACUACAAUGUCUGUAGUGGGCUUUUACGCCGAUAGUCUGUCAACGGAAAUCAUUGAAUCUGGAAAUAGAACGAUUGAAGUCACAAAUGAUGAUAAACAUUAUCAUCUUCAUAACCUGACCUAUGUUGGGCCUGUUAUUAUGGGUCUUGGGGGUUUUGUUAUCGUAGCUGCUUUCGUAAUGACAUUUGAAAGCCACGAUUCCAGCUCUAAAGUAGUACCUGUGACUGAUGAUCCGACAGAUGGUUCUCUGCUAACUAGUCUAUUAAUAGAAGAAAAAGCAAAAGACAAACAUAACGGACCUUCUUCGAGUGGACCAUAUUUGUGUGUACCCCAAGCUUUCGAUAUACCACAAAAUCUAAGAAGACCAUCAGUAACGCUGUCAAGUAAGCCUGUCAAAUCUUCAACCACUAGUGAUGAAGUUAAAAGUAUAUCAAAAUCUAAUGAUGUAUCAGUUGGCCGUAAAAAAGACUCCGCAUCGCUCCAAGUUGCUUUACCAAACGGACCCAGUAAAAAUGCGAAGCCACCUCCUAACUUACCUAUUUUAAAUCGAGAAUACUGCUCCGCUCCGAAUGGAAGAAUGCGAAAUCGAGAGCUAAUGAUGAUGCAGUUGUGUCUGGAUGAAUUUGUACCUUCUCCUCAAGAUAUUGAGAUAAUAGAUCCAGAUGGAUGCGAUACACCCAAUCGAGGAGUGGCUUCUUCCAUGGACAUGGAAGUUUAUGUUUCAAACUGUCCCAUCACUGUGCGAGUGCAAAUAGAGCCUCGUCAUUUGGCUUCUAUGGAAAGUGAUGGCUUAUCAGACAGUGAUAUAUCUGACCCAGGAGAGAUUGCUCGCAUUUCAAAGUGCGAUAUGGAUUUUACCGAACAGCAGAUGCCAUUGCUUGGCAGAUGCAGCCCAGCUUUCUCGUCUCCUGAAUUUCGGCGAGGUACUGCACCGCUUUUGAAACGCGACUCAAGCCGGCGAUUUCCCUUACUAAGGCAAGGAGCUUUGGAUAGUGCCAGGGGAUUGGAAGCGCAAGCUGAAACAACAUUAGCCUGAUUCUUUCUUCUUUUGGUUUUGGUUUUUGCUGUUGUCAAUGAAGAUUCUGCUGUGACGGAAAGACAAUAAUUUCGGCUUCUUAAGCAGAGUGUGCAGUGUAUUUGUGUUCAUUGUUAACUUAAAAUGUCAGGUUCAUAAAGAUGGGUAGAAAAGGAAUCGGACCAAUGACACCUUUGACAAGGUAUCCAUGGUGACAAAGAAGGAAUGAUGGACUCCACCCUCUUCGUGACCUCUUCACAGAACGCCCUGUGAGAGAUUAGUUUGUUCAGGAGUCUUUUCUUGAUCCCAAAAUCAUUGUAGGUCCACUGAAUGUGGAAUAUCCUUAUUGGUGCUAUGAGUAAGAAUAUAUAUUCUUUCUCGUAAGAUGUUUUCUGAGGACGUCAUUUGUUAAUUAUUACAACUUCACUUUAAGGAAUUCUGCUGUUGCUUACCUGCAUACAUUAUAUGGAAAAUUAAGCAAGUUUAUAAAUUACGAUGCUUGACAAUAAAUUUAUGAAUUAAAAUGUAAAAGCUUUUCUCAUAAAUUUUGCUUUAUGAUCAAGAAAAUACAUGAUAUGCUUUCAUAUAACGGAUCUUACACCUUCCUAUUUGAGCUGCCAUUUUACAGAUGUAACAUGUUGUUUUUUAAACGUUUCUUUAUAUUGCGUACGGACAUUUUCUAAACUAGUUGAAUUCGUAAAAUGAACCAAGCAAAGAAUUAACUGCUCAAACUUCAUGUACUCUUUUGACAUAUCUCAGUUGUGUAAUAUCACAGCUUUUUGGAACAAGAUCCUUGAAUUCAUAUUUACUUUAAUCGCAAUUUUUUAAAAAAUGACCAUAUUUAUACAGAGCACAACUUGCAUGUCAAUAAAGGAAUAAGACAAAGGAAUUAAUUUUUCCUAAAUUAUACCCAUAGCAUUUUUGUUGGACUUCAUGUUUAAAAUAAUAAUAAUACUAAAUUUAUUUUAAGUUAAUGUAACCGUUUACAAUACGUUAUUCAAUUAAUUUUUCUAAUUAAAGCUCAUAAACAACUGAAUGUAA